AUGUCUUGUUCUUCGUCAUCAUCCAGAUCGCUUGUGUCUUCUAUGGUUUCUGAAACCUCAGCCACACUUCAACAGCGACUUCAGUUCAUUUUGCAUAGCCGUACUACUGAGUGGUGGGUUUACAUCAUCUUCUGGCAAGCUUGGAAAGAUGAUGAGGGAAGCAGUACGAGGCGCCAAAUCUUAAAUUGGGCGGAUGGCCACUUUCGUGGAACCAGAGAGUCCGAGUCCAAGGAAAACCAGACGAGGGAUCAAUGGCGAAGCCCUAAUCGCUCGAGGAAGAUGAGGUUGAUUCCGAACCAGCACAUGGAAGACGAAGGGCAUAUGACUGAGUUGGAAUGGUUUUACACAGUAUCGUUGAAUAGAUCAUUCGCUGCCGGGGAAGACGUGGUGGGCCGUGCCUUCAGCUCAGCCACACAUGUUUGGUUGUCCGCUGCAGCCGCCGCCUCCUCCUCCGGCGGCAGCCAGCUCCACGAGUGUGAGAGAGUUCGUGAAGCUUUUGCUCAUGGAAUCCAAACUCUGGUGUGCAUUCCCAUUCCUAAUGGACUUGGAGUUCUUGAGUUGGCUUCUACUGACUUAAUAACCCAAGAUUGGAGCUUGAUUCAAUCGGUUAAAUCAGUUUUCGAGUUUGACAACUUCAUCAGCCCCAGCCCACCGGGUUUGCUUUCUUCUGAACCUUAUUACCAUCAUUUCAAGAACGAAGAUCUCACCGAUUCUGAAGCUCUUUUCGGAUCAUCCUCAUCCAAGCCUCGACCCACAAGAAAAAAGGGAAGAAAUGACGAUGCUGAGAUGAAAGGACAAGAACUAAUAAUGCCUCUAAACCACGUAGAGGCCGAGAGGCAAAGAAGAGAGCGAUUGAACCAAAGAUUUUAUGCUCUUCGUUCUGCUGUUCCCAAUGUGUCCAAAAUGGACAAAGCUUCUUUGCUCUCAGACGCAGUCACCUACAUAAAUCAACUCAGGGCCAAAGUUGAGGAACUAGAGGCCAGAUUUAAGAAAACUACCACAGAAGAAGAAAAAGAAACUGCUAGAAUAAUGGAUCAUUGUUCGAGUUCUGAAGCGAGUUCGCUUGGAGUGGAAGUUAAUAUUGUGGGAACGGAGGCGAUGAUAAGGGUUCAGAGCUUAGAUGUGAACCACCCAGCUGCCAGAUUAAUGGAUGCUUUGAGACAACUUGAUUUUCAUGUUCAUCAUGCCAGCGUUUCAAGAGUCAAAGACCUAAUGCUCCAAGACGUUGUCGUCAAGGUUCCCAGUAAUUUCAUGACUGCCCAGGGGAUGAAGGAUGCGAUUCUACAACGUUUGCAGAACUAG